UUACGAUUUUAGAGAUUCACACGCACUUAUUUAAUGUUUGAUAGGCCUAUAUUCUAUUUUCGAUCAUUUUCGAUGGUCAAUGGCGAUGGGGUUGAGCCGUGAGUAGCUAAUUAAUUUGUUGAGCCUCAGCUCAACAGUUCAAAGUUAUUUGAGUAAACAAAAGAUCACUUUUGAGAUGGUAUGGAAAAACAUGUCUCUGUCAACGUCCAAUAAACAUGACAAUUUGAAAACUGACAAUUGUCAAUGUCAAAAAGAAUAUUAAUUUCAAAACUUCUGUGAAUCACCGGCUGUUCGAUUAAAUUAGAUUUACAGUAAUAAACUUUUGUUCAUGAAUUAAAUAAAUAAGAAUACUUCAUAAGAUUAUUAAAAAUGGUUCGUGUGAUAACUCAAGAGACUUACGAUGAGGUUGUUAAGGAGAAUAUGGAUGAAUUUGAUAUGAGCCCAGAGGAGGCUGUAAAAGAGGCAAUAGCUCAGUUUGAAGCACAGGGUGUGGAUUUAUCCAACAUUAUCAAAGAGCUAAAUUUGAACUCCGGUGAGGAGCAUUUAGUGAGUUCAACCGUUAAAAAACUUAAGGAAUUGUCAAAUGCUGUACAAAAUAAUGAAGAACAUAUCCUAGAGCAAUUGGACAUUUUGAUGACAGAAUGCAAUAAAGAUAUUGCCCAUAGAGUGAAAGCAGGCAAAGAGGGUUGUUAUACUGUUCUGAUAAAUUUACUUGAAGCUAAACAGAAAUCUUAUCUAAAGAUCAAUAAUGUAAAAGAUUCUUCUUUUAUAAUAAAAAUAUUAAAUACAUUUGUUUCUUUAAUGGAAUCACAACCUGAUUUACUGGACAGAAAAGGUGUUGCAAUAAUUAAAAGAAAUCUAGAUGAAAUAGAGGAAGAAUCAAUACUAAUAGCAACCUUAAAAUGGACAUCAGUGUGUUGUGUUAAACAUGAGAUGAACAGACAGAUGAUCUUUGGUACUGGAAUUGGACGGAAUUUGAACAAUAUAUUGAAUAAAAGUAAAAAUAUAGAGUUAUUAAGUGAAUGUCUACAAGUCAUAAGGAAAUUAACUUUAGAUGACGACGUUCGUGUGGAGUUCGGCAAAGCUCACGAACAUGCUCGCGAACUCGGAGCGGAAUUGCUCGAUACAUUGACAAGGCUACUUGAAAAUAAUACGAAGCCGCCGUUAGUAAGCGAUGUUGUUAGUACGAUCGCGUGUCUGCUCGUGCGACACGAGCUGUGCGCGCUGGCGGCGGAGCGCGGCGCGGCGGCGCUGUUCGCGGUACUCGCUGACAACUACGAUGACGUCAUCGUGGUGCAUCAUGCCACCAAACUGAUAACAGCGAUGUCUGGUAACGAUGACGUCAAACGGCAGCUCGUGCAGAGCGGCAUUGUCCCCAUCAUUGUGUCAUUGCUCGACAGAUUUGCAAGUAACGCGUCAGUAACGGCGCAGACGUUGCGGUGCGUGUCCGCGCUGGCGCUGCGCGAGCCGGCGCACGCGCGCCAGCUGCUGGACUGCGGCGCGCCGGAGCCGCUGGCUUACUGCCUCAAGCUGCACCCGAACAACGCCGCAGUGCAGAAAAAUGGCUGCUGGGCGAUUCGCAACAUGGUCGCUAGAUGUCGCGAUUACAACAGCAAGUUCAAAGAGCUCGGCAUUGAAGAAAUAUUGAACAACACGUAUGCGACUUUCGGGCAGGAGUUCGGCUUCGAUAUUAAAUCCGCACUCAGAGACCUUGAGUGUGACGUCGCACUGGACGAGCAAUGGACUGGGAGAGGCGUGCAAAUGACCAAUUAAACAUUAACAAAGAGAAUAACAGCAACAUGGCAUAUCUAUUUCAUUACAUAAUCUGUGACGUACUAUUCUUUGAUAUGUUUAAUCUGUGACGUAUCUACUCUUUGAUAUGUUUAAUCUGUGACGUAUCUACUCUUUGAUAUGCUUAAUCUUUGACGUAUCUACUCUUUGACAUGUUUAAACUGUAAUUUUUUUAUCUAUGCCAUCGUUAUUCGUCUUGUCUAGAUUUCUUUAAGCUUUGUUCUUUGGCUGCAAUUCUUGUUACAAAAAUACAUUCUAUUAUACAAAUAAAAUACAAUAAAUACUAAA